ACAUAUCAAAGUUAAAGAGAUGACAAUGUUAUUUUUCCCACGCGAAGGAAUGUGGGUGUAUUACUGACAAACCUCCCCACUUUCCAAUUUCGAGAUAAAUACUCUCCACAAUUACAACUCCCACCGCAUUUGAUUCUUCGCAUCAACCUUAACACCUGAGUUUGGUGCUUAAUAUACUGUUAUAAUCUCAAUAGAUUAAUUGUUCUUGGUAACUUGCGAAUCAUCAACGCUGUUUGGUCGCCGAGAAAAUUACGGUAAAGAGCAGGAAAACAAAAUCAGUUUGGGCACUUGAGUUGUGAUUUUCAUAAGGUGUGGUUUUCCAGUUCUGUAAUUGAUAUCAAUUAGAGCCGUCAUAGCAGUUGAAUUCGAUGAUCAAAUGGAUAAGAAGCAUCAUAUUGCAAUAUUUACUACUGCAAGCCUUCCAUGGAUGACUGGAACUGCCAUCAACCCUCUCUUUCGUGCAGCCUAUUUUGCCAAAAAUGAGGAGAGAAAGGUUACUUUAGUGAUUCCUUGGUUAUCACCAAAGGAUCAAGACCAUGUGUAUCCCAACAAGAUCUCAUUUAAGUUACCUUCAGAGCAAGAGAAAUAUGUCCGCCAGUGGGUUGAGGAAAGGACUGGAUUUAUAUCUACUUUUGAUAUACGUUUCUAUCCGGGAAAGUUUUCUCAAGACAAAAGGAGUAUUCUAGCUGCAGGUGAUAUUACAGAAAUAAUCCCCGAUGAAGAGGCAGAUAUUGCUGUACUAGAGGAGCCCGAGCAUCUUACAUGGUAUCAUCAUGGGAAGAGAUGGAAAACAAAAUUUCACCUGGUUAUAGGAGUAGUUCACACCAAUUAUUUGGAAUAUGUGAGGAGAGAGAAGAAUGGACAACUGCAAGCAUUUGUUCUGGAAUAUAUAAACGGGUGGGUCGUUGAUAUAUAUUGCCACAAGGUAAUAAGGUUAUCUGCCGCCACUCAGGAUCUUCCAAGAUCCAUUAUCUGCAAUGUUCAUGGGGUCAAUCCUAAAUUCCUUGAGAUUGGCAGAAAAAAGAAUGAGCAACUGGAUGCAAACCAGACCUUCAGCAAAGGUGCCUAUUACAUUGGGAAAAUGGUGUGGCAUAAAGGCUAUAAGGAGCUACUGAAACUUCUCAGUGAUCAUCAGAAGGAACUGGCUGGAAUUGAGCUUGAUUUGUAUGGUAAUGGGGAGGACUCUGGUCAAGUUCAGGAAGCUGCCAAGAAAUUGGAAAUAGCAAUUAGGGUUCAUCCUGGGCGUGAUCAUGCUGAUCCUUUAUUUCAUGACUAUAAAGUGUUCCUGAACCCAAGUACCACAGAUGUUGUCUGCACCACCACGGCCGAAGCUUUGGCAAUGGGGAAAAUAGUUGUUUGUGCUGAGCAUCCUUCGAAUGAAUUUUUCAAGCAGUUCCCAAAUUGCCGAACGUAUGAGGAUGGCAAUGGCUUUGUUAAAGCUAUGUGCAAGGCAUUGGCUGACGAGCCUGCUCUGCUGACUGAUUCACAAAGGCACGAGCUGUCAUGGGAAGCUGCCACGGAACGGUUUCUAAAGGCUGCGGAGCUUGACAAUGCCCCUGCAAAGAGACUGACAGAGAAACCAUCGUCACUUCUUAUGUCCACAGCUUUGAAUUUGCAGAGGAAUCUUGUGGAUGCAUCAGCAUUAGUGCAUUUUGUGGGAACUAGUUUCCUGAGUUCACAACCAGAGGAAGAGCAAUGUAAAGAGCUUGGCCUGGCUGUCCCGUCAAGAAGGUGGGGAAUAUCCUCAUCAACGAUAGAUAAACAUUACACGAAUUCUUUGUUAUAAAUCUCAGGUGGCUGCAGUGCAAAAAAAAAAAAAAACCUCAGGGUAGCUGAGGUACAGGAAUGCCAAAUGCAGCCACAGAUUCCAGGAUGUUUUUGUUUUUUGGUACGUUGCUGUCUAAGACUCUAAAGUGGGAAUUACAUAAAGGGUGGGUGGGGUUAGGUGCUUGAAUGUUGCCUAACAUGGAACUGUAUUCGAAACAGUUUUCUGUUGGAAAUUUUCAUUCCUUGUAUCUCUUUAUUUGUUUGGGGUGGGGGGUGGGGUGUUGUCACAAUGUUUUCUCUUGUAGCUGUGUUAAAGAACUUUUGGUGGUUGCUUGUGGCUAAUCUGAGCCUAUGAUGGGU